CCUCCCUCUAGUGAGAUCACCAAAGCCGCCGCUUUCUUUCCCAAAGUCCUACAAAGGAGUAACGCCAGCCGUACCUGAUGCCAACACCGCUCCUGUUUUGGAUGUAUGCACUUCUACACAGGAAUCUAACCAGGCCGAAUGGAGGCCCACCAAUGACCGAUUUUCAUCCUUGAUGGAUUAACUUGACUGGGGUGAGAAACCGACAAUGGCAGCCCAUCGUAUCCGAGCAACAAGCAGCAACAAUGUCCUCCCUCGCUGCAAGUCCGAGGGGACGCUCAUCGACCUCAGUGACGGAGUGUCUGAGGCCAGCCUCAUUGAUGUCAAAGUGCCUUCUCCCAGUGCCUUGAGACUGGAUACGUCUGCUUCCUUAGGGACUGCACGGGAAGUCGUUGCCAUUAAGGAUUACUGCCCUUCUAGCUUCAGCACUUUGAAGUUCUCCAAGGGUGACCACCUCUUCGUGCUGGACACGUCGGGGGGAGAAUGGUGGUAUGCUCACAACAACACAGAGAUGGGUUAUAUCCCAGCUGCCUACGUCCAGCCAAUAAACUACAGAAACUCCUCUUUUAGUGACAGUGGGAUGUUCGACAAUCUUGGGGAUGGCUCCGAUGAGGGUGCCAAGGAGAUGGACCUCCUUGGGGAAUGGACCGGGGUGAUCCUAAAACCUUCUCUGCAUUAUAAUGGCAACCCUUUCAUCACUCGUUCCUCGACAAACCCAUUCCUCCCUAGGGGUCCAACGGGCCCAUUGGAUCAGAACAGCAAUGAAAGGAACAAUAGUGUGGACCUUUUAUUCUUUGAUACACCCACACCUUCUCCACCCAACUCUUCUGCUACUACAGCUGCCACAGCUAAUGCGUUUAGCAGCAGCUUCUUUGACAUGACUCCUACGAGUCCAAGCUUGGAUUUUGCACAGUCAAUUAACAGGGACAAUCCAUUCUUCAGGAGCAAGCGAUCAUACAGUCUGUCCGAGCUCUCCAUCCUACAGGCCCAGUCCAGUGGUCAAACCCCCUCUACUAGUUUCUUCAGUGGUCUCAAACCUCCAUGUCCUGAGCAGUUUCAGUGCCGGGAGGACUUCAGGGCUGCAUGGUUAAACCACAGGAAGCUAGCACGAUCCUGCCAUGAUCUAGACUCCCUUGGCCAAAAUCCUGGCUGGGGCCAGACACAGCCAGUGGAAACCAAUAUCGUGUGCAAACUGGACAGUUCUGGUGGGGCCAUCCAGCUGCCUGACACAUGCAUCAGUGUCCAUAUCCCAGAGGGACAUGUAAUAUCAGGGGACACACAGCAGAUAUCCUUAAAAGCGUUGCUGGAUCCCCCACUGGAACUCAACAGCGAUAAGUGCUCCACUGUAAGCCCAGUGGUGGAAAUAAAACUGAGCAAUAUGGAGACAAGGACUUUCAUAACCCUGGAAAUGAAGGUGUCUGUCAUGGUAAAGAAGGAGAGUGAACAGACGGCCAAGGUGCUAUGUGUUCGAAGCGACUGUAAGGAGGGCCCCUACUCCCCCAUCCCCCGGACCUACAUGUAUGGAGACAUGGUCCAAGUCCAACUUGACAAUUUAGAGCCCUGUAUGUACGUGGCUGUGGUGGUACAGGCACAGCAGAUCUCUCAGAACUCAACAGUCUGGGAUCAUAUGAUCAAAAAGUUAACCUUGGGUGUCUAUGGUCCUAAGCACAUCCAUCCAUCUUUCAAAACUGUCGUGGCCAUUUUCGGACAUGAGUGCGCCCCAAAAACAUUGUGGGUAAAUGAAGUGGGGAAGCAGGCUAAUGCUGCCCCUCCUGUAGCCCUCCAGCUGUGGGGGAAGCACCAGUUCAUUCUGGCGAGGCCUCAGGAUUUACAGCUCGGUGUCUAUUCCAACAUGGCCAACUAUGAGGUCAAGGGUCAGGAGCAGGCGUGCGCCGUGCGGGGUUUCCAACUCAAGCUGGCCAAAGUGAGUCGACUCAUGUACCUGAUCUCCUCACGGAACAUGGACGACAUAUCUGACUUCACUCUGCGUGUUCAGGUCAAAGACGACCAGGACUGCAUCCUGGCCCAAUUUUGUGUGCAAACGCCGCAGCCCCCACCCAAAACAGGGGUGCGCUCCACAGGUCAAAGAAGGUUCCUGAAGAAGAAGGAAGUGGGCAAGAUCAUUCUGUCACCUCUGGCCAUUACCACGAAAUAUCCCGUUUUUCAGGAACGUUGCGUUACAAACUUAAAAUUUGGAAAGUUGCUUAAAACGGUGAUAAGGCAAAACAAAAACCAGUACCUUUUGGAAUACAAAAAGGGGGAUAUUAUUGCACUACUGAGUGAGGAGAAAAUUAAACUUAAAGGACAACUGUGGACUAAGGAGUGGUACAUUGGAUACUACCAGGGCAAAACUGGGCUUGUUCAUGCAAAAAACCUCCUGAUCAUAGGGAAAGUCAAGCCCAUUUAUUUCUGUGGGCCUGACCUUACCACCACCAUGUUACUAGACCAAAUUCUGAAACCCUGCAAAUUUCUCACCUACAUCUAUGCCUCUGUGAGGACCGUAUUGAUGGAGAACAUUGGAAACUGGAGAGCGUUCGCAGAUGCCCUGGGCUACAACAACCUGCCUUUGACCUACUUCUGUCGGGCAGAGCUGGACAGUGAGCCAGAAAGGGUGGCUUCUGUGCUGGAGAAGCUCAAGGAGGACUGCAAUAACAUGGAAAGCAAGGAGAAGAAGUCGUUUCAGAAGGAGCUCAUGGCCGCCCUGCUGAAGAUGGAUUGCCAAGGGCUGGUGGCCCGACUCAUAAUGGACUUUGUGCUGCUGACCACAGCCGUGGAGGUGUCCGCCCGCUGGAGGGAGCUGGCCGAGAAGCUGGCCAAGGUAUCCAAGCAGCAGAUGGAUGCCUACGAGGCCCCCCAUCGGGACAAGAAUGGAGUGGUGGACAACGAGUCCAUGUGGAAGCCUGCCUAUGAUUUCCUGCUGACGUGGGCGGCACAAAUCGGGGACAGCUAUAGGGACGUGAUCCAGGAGCUGCAGGUGGGCCUGGAUAAGAUGAAGAACCCCAUCACCAAGCGCUGGAAGCACCUGACUGGCACACUCAUCCUCGUCAACUGCCUGGAUGCCCUGCGGAGCUCCGCGUUCAGCCCCGCCGCGCAGGACGAUUUUGCCAUCUAGCCUCACCUUAACCUCCCCUCACCCCAGGAUUUGACUUUGGGAGAGACCGUGAGGUUUGGCUGUAGCCUAUAUUUGUCGAUGGUCAGCCAUUCCAGCCAAAACAGUCACGUGUGUUUAUUUAUUUCCCAAAAGUAUUAUCGUUCCUAUUAUCGUCGAUAUUGAGAAUAAAUAUAUUUUUUACUCGCAAAUGCACAUGCGCAAUUUUAGUACCACUUGAUGAAUUUUCUACAUUCAUUGUCGAAUAAUUGUAAUAAAAAAAAAAUCUAAUUCUUUCAUAUAGUCUGAUGUGCUUUUAGUCAUUAGUUGUUUUUCGUGACAAUACAAUAAUUUGAUAGUGUUCUGAAUUUUUGUCAUGCUGUAUAUUUAAUUACUUUAAAUGGCCGAAUAAUUACCCAUAAAGGUCAGGUUCAUGUUCGGUCACAAAACGGAAUAGGAUGAUUUCUGGCUAAACAGCCAUUUCUCUUCUGCAUACUGACACUGAACUUCCCCGUUUUCCUACAGCAGCCUUUAUGGAAACAUCCCUAGACUUAUUCAGGUUUUUGUAUUUUAAACUACUUCAACCUGGGUUUUAUAAAUGCAUCUAAUAUACUUUGUAUCAUCAUCUAAAAAAUAUAAUUUCAACCAAUGUAAAAUCACUCUUUGCAUCGUAAAAGGCUUUUCGGUUGAUUUUGUUUUUCACUACGGAGGCUGUAUGAAUGGUCAAUGGACAAAAAUAUUGUAUAACUUUUUGUGUGCAUCAAACUGUUGAGACAUACAUAUGUAAAUAUCUGGAGUGAAUGUUUGUUUAAGGUGAAUGCAUAAAUGUUUAAUACUAAUUUUGUUUCUGACUGCUUUUUGGAGGAAUAUGUAGGUAAUAUGUUCUGGGUUGUUUUGAAACACCUUAGUUUAGUUCCGAUUUGUUUUUGUUUAAGAUUUUUCGUCCCCAGCAAACGUAAGGUUGCAUGUGCAUAGUUAAUGUCCCUAUUGUUGUUGUUUUACCAUUGAAUACUGUCAGAAAAAAAUGUUUCAUUGUUUUGUCUUUCGUAUGGAUUGAUUAAAGUGGCCCUUUUUCUGUAACCCACUAGAAGUCACUUGGGCUAAACGCUACACAGGCUGCACAUGAUAUUCUAACUCUCCAAAAGACAUGAAGGUAUUUAUAUAGGCAUUUAAUGAAAUCAUGCCAUUUUGUUUGUGUGUUUAUGUGUAUUUAUGUUUAUAAUACAAUUGUGCUUUGUUAAA